UCCAGGCUGCGGGCUGGCGGCGCGGGGCCGGCCGGGUGCAUGGGGCAGGCGAGCCCGCUGCCUGGCUGGCGUGGCAGGGAGCCCGGCGGCGAGCGCCCAGCCCGGCACGAUGAUGAAGUUUCGGUUCCGGAGGCAGGGGCACGACCCCCAGCGGGAGAAGCUCAAGCUGGAUCUCUUCGCCUUCAACAAGACCGUGGAACAUGGGUUCCCCAACCAGCCGAGCUCUCUGGCCUACGACCCCAAGCUGCGAAUUAUGGCCGUUGGCACCAAAUCGGGAGCUGUGAAAGUAUACGGCGCUCCAGGAGUGGAGUUCACUGGCUUGCACAAGGAGACUGCUGCCGUCACGCAGAUACACUUUUUGCCUGGACAGGGUCGGCUGCUGUCCUUGCUGGAUGACAACACCCUGCACCUGUGGGACGUCGACCAGAAGGAUGGCUAUUCGCGCUUGGAGGAGACCCGCAGCUUCAUCCUCCCGGGCCGACCCGGAUUCGACAGCACUAACUCUCCUCCCAGCAUUACCCGGGUGACGGUGAUCCUGCUGAAAUCUGCCUGCGAUGUGGCCUGCCUGGGCACAGAAGGGGGUGGCGUGUACUUCCUGGAGCUCUCUGGCUUAACGCUGCUGGAGGAUAAAACCCUGUAUCAAGAGGAGAUCAUGCAGAGCGUGCCAGACGACUACCGCUGCGGGAAGGCUCUUGGGCCAGUGGAGUCGCUGCAGGAACACCCUCAAGACUUCUCCAAGAUCCUGAUUGGCUACAGCAGGGGGCUGGCGAUCGUGUGGGACCAGAGCACCAGAAAUGUCCACCACCUCUUCCUGGGCAAUCAGCAGCUGGAGAGCCUUGGCUGGGAACGGAGCGGCAGGACGGUGGUGAGUUCGCACAGCGAUGGAGGUUACAUGGUGUGGUCCAUCAACAGUAGCUGCCAUAAGACUCUGCAGCCACUCAUGUCAACUAUCCCCUAUGGUCCGUUUCCCUGUAAAGCCAUCAACAAAAUCCUGCGGAGAACCUGUGACUCUGGAAAUCACUUCAUCAUCUUCAGCGGGGGCAUGCCCCGUGCCAGCUACGGGGACCGGCACUGCGUCAGCAUCUUGCAGGGCCAGAGCCUGGUCACCCUGGACUUCACGUCGCGUGUGAUCGACUUCUUCACGGUGCACCACACGGAGCCGGAGGAGGAGUUCGAUAACCCAAGUGCCCUGGUGGUCCUGGUGGAAGAGGAGCUGGUGGUCUUCGACCUGAAGACGCCCGGCUGGCCUACGGUUCCUGCCCCCUACCUGGCGCCCCUCCAUUCCUCCGCCAUCACCUGCUCCUAUCAUAUCUCCAACGUCCCCCUGAAGCUGUGGGAGCGAAUCAUCAGCGCUGGAGAGCAGCAGAGCCCCCGGCAUUCUUCUGUGAACUGGCCGAUCAGCGGAGGGAAAAACUUAGCCCAAGAACCCACCCAGAGAGGCCUUCUUCUCACGGGGCACGAGGACGGCACGGUCCGCUUCUGGGACGCCUCGGGGGUGUCGCUGCGGCCGCUGUACAAACUGGGCACGGCCAACAUCUUCCAGACGGACUGCGAGCACAGCGACUGCCUCAACCCGGCCAGCGAGGAGGAGUGGCCUCCCUUCCGCAAGGUUGGCUGCUUUGAUCCGUACAGCGACGACCCCCGGCUGGGCAUCCAGAAGAUUGCGCUGUGUAAAUACACGGCCCGGAUCGUGGUGGCUGGGACUGCCGGGCAGGUGCUCGUCAUGGAGCUGAGUGACGAGAAGUCGAAUCACAUGAUCAGUGUGGCCAUGGUGGACCUGCUGCAGGACCGGGAGGGCUUCACCUGGAAGGGGCACGACCGGCUCACCCCCAAGAAUGGCUCCAUCACCUUCAGCCCAGGCUUCCAGCCCAGCGUGCUGGUGCAGUGCAUGCCGCCGGCCGCCGUCACCGCCGUCACGCUGCACUCCGAGUGGAACCUGGUGGCCUUCGGCACCAGCCACGGCUUCGGGCUCUUCGACUAUUACCGACGCAACGCGGUGCUGGCCAGGUGCACGCUCCACCCCAACGACUCCCUGGCCAUGGAGGGGCCCCUCUCCCGAGUGAAGUCGCUGAAGAAGUCCCUGCGCCAGUCCUUCCGCAGGAUCCGCAAAAGCCGAGUCUCCGGCAAGAAGAGAGUUGGUGCCAACAGCUCCUCCAGCAAGGUGCAGGAAGCCAAUGCCCAGCUGGCCGAGCAGGCCGGCCCCACUGAUGUGGAGAUGACCCCCGUGCAGCGGCGGAUCGAGCCCCGGUCAGCCGACGACUCGCUCUCGGGGGUGGUGCGCUGCCUGUACUUCGCCGAUACCUUCCUCCGAGACGCCGCCCACCACGGGCCCACCAUGUGGGCUGGGACCAACUCGGGCUCCGUGUUCGCCUACGCCCUGGAGGUCCCGUCCCAGGAGAAGUUCUCGGAGCGCUCGGUGGAAGCCGUACUGGGCAAGGAGAUCCAGCUGAUGCACAGGGCGCCGGUGGUGUCGAUCGCGGUCCUGGACGGGCGAGGGAACCCUCUCCCGGAGCCCUACGAGGUGUCCCGGGACCUGGCCAAAGCCCCUGACAUGCAGGGCAGCCAUUCUGUGCUCAUCGCCUCGGAGGAGCAGUUCAAGGUGUUCACGCUGCCAAAAGUCAGUGCCAAGACCAAGUUCAAGCUGACGGCCCACGAGGGCUGCCGGGUGCGGAAGGUGGCGCUGGUGAGCUUCACCAGCCUGGCGUGCGAGGACUACACGGAGAAUUGCCUGGCGUGCCUGACCAACCUGGGGGACAUCCACAUCUUCACGGUGCCCGGCCUGCGGCCGCAGGUGCACUACGACUGCAUCCGCAAGGAGGACAUCAGCGGCAUCGCCUCCUGCGUCUUCACCAAGCAUGGGCAAGGCUUCUACCUGAUCUCGCCUUCCGAGUUCGAGCGAUUCUCCCUGAGCGCCCGGAACAUCACAGAGCCGCUGUGCUCGCUGGAGCUCGUCCGGCUUCGCGGUACCGCCUGUCACAGCCCCAAUUUCACCGGGACACCGAAACUGACCCAGGCCAACGGGACUCACGUGCUGCAGGGCUCGGAGGCGAACGGCUCCCCCGGCGACAGCACCCGGACGCCUGAGGAACCCCAGGCUGCCUUCUCCCCAGCGCCCACCGACUCGCCGAGCAGCCCGGAGAGCCCCCUGGACACCACCGGGGACAUCACCGUGGAGGAAGUGAAAGAUUUCCUGGCCUCCUCGGAGGAAGCGGAGAGGAACCUGAGGAAUGUGAGCGAGGAGGAGGCCCGCUCUCCGGGGAUCCUGAUUAAAUGAGGGACCGUGCCGGCCUGUCUCCGCGCCUGGAUUCCCUGGACACAAGACUUGACUGAGCCAGGCUGUCGGCUCCGCUUCUCCCCAGAGACCCUCCGCGUAACUUAGACUCGCCUCUUCUCUUUAACAUCCGGCCGGGAAGCUGGAGCGUGACGCCGCCGCCCCCCCCGCUCUGCCCCGGUUCGAAGGUUCUCUCUCUCCGCCGAGCCGCCUUCCGCCAGCGGGCCCAGUGCACUGCAACACUACAGCUCUGCCCCCCGCAAAGCAAAAUCCGGACCCGGGGCAGCGGGGUGGAAUCACUGCUUCCGCCUGGCCUAGACCGGAAGGGACUGCAUCCAUCUCCCGGGACCCCAUUGCCGGGGCGCAGCAUCACACGGACGCCUGGGGGGAGGGUUUUAUACAGUUAGUCUCUGGUUUGGGUUUUUCUCCCCCCCUCUGCUGAGCUCCCAGAAGGAUUCUGAUCUGGGACGGGGGGGAUAGGGACAUUGCUUUGCCUGGGGGGUGGUGUUUACAUGUUUACUCCUCACUCGAGCAGCUCUUUGAAUACUUCUACUUUCCGCGGAACUGCCUGCCUGCCGCAGAUGGUAAGUCCGGGAGGGCUGGCUGGACUCGCCUUAACACCCGUCUGCCACUAGGGGUCCCUCUCGCUCAAUACCGGAUUGAUUUCUCAGUGAUGUUGACGGCAUUCCCCCCCGGCCCCCUUCCCCACCCCUCUGCAAGGCCCAUGGGGAAUGAUCUCCACUUGUCUCAAGGAGCAGAGUUCACCCUCUGGGGACCCAUUGGCUCUCGCUGUAAAGUGCCAGGAGGACAGGGGAAGCUGGUGGGGGUGGAGGGCUGGUGCCAGCCGCUCCGUCGUGUAGCGGACGGGUGAUCGCUGCGACCAAUAGCACAACUCCAGAGCGUCUCACUGGCACUGGAGGUGAAAUAGCCGCGCUAGGGUCCAGCUCCUUUCUUAGCACCUUUCCCUCCUCCUGAGGGGCAGGAGAGCCAAGUUCCUGCUCUGGUUUAGCAGCCUUUAGUUUGGGGGCUGGUUGCCUCUAGGGGCCUUCAUCUUCCAUCUUCACAGCUGGCUCCAGCUGGGUUCCCCCCCCCCCUCACCUCUUGGAACACCUUUGGAUGAAGGAGACCAGGGCAGAGUCAGUCAGCACCAGGCACGGCUUGCCCAAGAUGGGACCCUGCCAUGCUGAUCCAGGCGUGGGUGACCCAAGGCCAGUGCCUUCAAACAGGCGUGCCUAAGAGUUAGAUGCCAAAACAAGGGGCUGUAGACUCUUCUCUUCUUUCCCCGCCCGCUCCAAGGUGCUGAGCAGCUGCCUCUUGGUCUCACCGGUUGUUGCAAGUGCCCGGCUCCUCUGGAAACCGGUCCGUGGCGAUUACACACUUGGUUUCCAACGCCUCUGUAUGAAAACGGCCCCAGAUGUUUGCCUGCCUGCACCAAGACCGUUUACGUGCAGUUGUGACUUUCCAGGCUGCUCGCAGCCUCAGCCAGGUGUGAGACGGGGCCCGAGUUCUGCUGGAGGAGGUUCCCUUCCUUGCGUUUCAGCCAGGCUUUGCAAUCAGACUCUUGCUGCUUCAGGGCAAAGCAACCUCUGAACUGGCUUUCCGCGCAGCCUGCUUUUAACGUGGGCCACCCGACGGCCCCUGGGGGGGAACCCUGGCCCGAGUUACACUUUUAACCCCAUGUGGCAUUUGAAACUUCCCCGGCCACUGGGCUGACAGGUGGCUGCUGGUCAGGGAAGUUCAUUCCCAGGCAGCGGAAAUGCAGGUGCCUGUUGAUCAAAAGGCUUGUUGCUGGCAGACUGGUCAGUCUCAGCGGGGUUAUUUUAAUCCAUUUCCUUAGGAUCCUGUUUUUCCUUCAGCGCCGCUUGAGCUCUUUGCACAGGUGGGAUGAGGCUUUUGGAUGGGGGGGUGGGGGGCGCGCUCGGUGAAUGUUGAAGAUGAUUUGUUUUGACUUGGUCACACUUAAAAGUCAGGUGGGGGGGCCCCGAAGGCAGCACUGAAGAACGUAGCCUGAGCCGCUGUCGAGCGGUAGGUCCCGUUUCUAGCAGUAUCAGUUUCCUUAGUUGCUCUGAGCUGGCGUGUAGAGCAAAGCCCGGUGGCCGCUGGGGAUUCCUGUCUCUAAACUGGAUUGGAAGGUGACUCCUGGGCCUGAGGGGCCUCUCCCCUCGGGGUUGGGACGGAGGAAGCUCAACGGCUCAAGCCUGGCCCGGCUUCCACAGCGAUCUCUGGCUGCCAUCCCUCUGCUCUGAACUCUCCAUUCUUGCCUGAUCAGCGCUGGGGCUGGGAAACGUCCCCUGCUCCGCUCUGUUCUUCCCAGCGGGAGGGGGGGAAUCUCGUAGCCAGGUCAGCUCUUGUUCACACAGCUUUAGCCCCCGGAGUGUUCUCCCUCGUCUCCGGGAGGCCCCUUCACAGGGUGCGCACCUGCUCCCAGUGCUGCCGGGCAGGCCUUGUUUUUUCCCCCCGUUGCAAGGGCUGGGGGCCUGGAGCUGGAGGCCAGGGCAGGCCUGGGAUCGAGUGAAUGCCGUACCCCCUCAGUGCCUGAUCCAGGCUGCUUUCCUCUUUCCAAAGUGCCAAAGGGCAUGCUGGGCCCUGAAAGCCCCAGUACCUGAGCUGUUGUAGGAGUUACAAGGGCUGGGAUGGGGGCAUUUGCCUGCAGCCCCCUCACCCUGCCUUUAUGGGUCAUCAGCCCCACCUCUUACCAGCACGAGCAAAUGCCCAUCUCCCCUCGGCCGGCCUUGUCACAUG